CAGCGGGAGAGCGAGAACAGUACAGGAUCUUUAGACACUCUUUAUCAAAGACUAAAAAACAAGAAAAAUGACAUCGUUUCCAGAUCUGAGGAUCGUGUUACUGGGUAAAACUGGAUCAGGAAAGAGUGCAACAGGAAACACUAUACUGUGCAGAGAUGUGUUUCUAGAAUCCAAUAGUACUGUGUCUGCCACUAAACUUUGUGAAAUACAAGAAACUGAAGUGGAGAAAAGAGUUAUUUCAGUGGUCGACACUCCAGGACUGUUUGAUACAUCAAUGAGUAAAGAGGAGCUGAAGUCUGAGAUUAAGAAAUGUGUCUUCAUGUCUGCUCCUGGUCCUCAUGUGUUUCUGCUGGUCAUCAGACUGGAUGUGAGAUUCACUGAGGAGGAGAGAAAUGCAGUGACGUGGAUCCAAGAGAACUUUGGAGAAAAUGCCAUGCAGCACACAAUGAUUCUGUUCACUCAUAUAGAUCCAAAAGUUAAGCCAAUAGCGCAACAUAUAGAAGAAAAUGAACAUCUAAAACAACUGGUUAAUGAAUGCCAGGGUAGAUAUCAUAUUUUUAAUAACAAUGAUAACAUGAAUCAGGCACAGGUUUCUGAAGUGUUAGUGAAGAUAGACGAACUGGUGAAGCAAAACAGAGGAGGCUAUUACACGAAUGUCAUGUAUGAGGAAGCUCAGAGAAUAUUGACAGAAGAAAUGGAGAGGGUCAAACAGAUCCUUGAGAAAUAUGUGAAACCAACAGAGAAGAAAAUGCAAAAUAAUAUGAAACAGAUGGAAGAGAACAUGAAACAAAUGCAAGAGAACAUGAAACAAACGCAAGAGAACAUGAAACAAAUGCAAGAGAACAUGAAACAAUCGCAAGAGAACAUGAAACAAUCGCAAGAGAACAUGAAACAAUCGCAAGAGAACAUGAAACAAAUGCAAGAGAACAUGAAACAAACGCAAGACAACAUGAAAAAAUUGCAAGAGAACAUGAAACAAAUGGAAGCCAACAUGAAGACAAAAGAGUCUGUGGUAUUUUCACUGGCAGGUUUGUUUUCUGGGGUAGUAUUUGUGGGCUCAUAUUUUCAAGCAUUUUGCCCAUGCAAAGGCUUACUGAUUACAGCAGGCAUAGUAGGAGGAAUGGUUGUGAUAUGGAUAACAAAAAGAGGAUAUUUGAAAAAAGUUGUAACAAGUUGUUCUGACGUUUCUUCUCUUCUUGUGUCAACUGGUGCAUCACCAUCACUUAAGAAUAUUAUGACUCGUGUCAUGCUUUCUUAAGGCUGAGCAUUUGACCUUCCUUGAUUAAAUAACACAUGUAAUGUCAAUUAUAUCUAAAGUUUGUGCAUUUUUCCCUUUGUUUUUCCAAUAAAUAAUAUGUUUAUGUUUAUUACUGUUUAGUAAUGUGCACUUUAAAGGGACUUCAGACAUCCUGAGCAUCUUAUUGUUAUGAAAAUAUGCUGUGUAUAGCUCAGUAUACUUCUCUGUUAGAAUUAACAUUUGAAUCUACAUUUGUUUAAAACAUGUCUAAAUGGAAUUUAAACAAAACUAGACAUUCUGUCUAUACAUUACGUAAUCAAGACAAUCAAUCACUUGCAUUUAAACAGACAUUAUGAAAAAUAAAUGUAUACUCUGUGUAAAAUAAAUUGGAGAAGGACAUUGAAUUUUGAAUAAAAUCU